AUACUUCGAUCUAGACUAGAUCUAGGAUUCGAGCAACUUUAAGUGUUUAAAUACAUUUAAAUUCUGUUUCAACAAAGUUAAUAAUUACAUCAAAUGGACAAUCAAAAUAAUGACACUCUUGAAAAACGGCCAUCUAUUGCAAAUGUGUACAGUGAAUUAUUCAAAGAUAUUUCAACUGUAAAUAAACAAAGAAAAAGACCCUUUGAUACUAGUUUAUGUGAAGAUGACAGUUCACCAAGUAAAGUUGCUAGACUAGACAACAAAGAAAAUUCAGCAUAUAAAAGAGAUAAAGCAGUUAUUCAGAAAGGAAGAGAAAGGAUCAAAGAGUACAAGUUUUGGCUAGAAAAGAAAUUAAAGAUUUGUAAUACAGAUUUUCAUAAUCAACGACAGCUGAUUGCCAAAGACAAUGUUAUUUCUGCUCUUGAAAGUAAAAUUCUAGAGCUUGAAAAUCGCACACAUGAUAAUGCUUCAUCCCCAUCAACACAGAAACUGUUGGAUGAAAUAAGAAAUCUUGAAAAUGAAAAUGAGAGAUUAAGGAAAAGGAUAUCAGAUUUGGAAACUUAUGAAACACUGUACAAGAGAGGCAACAUUGAGAACCCAGCUGUACAUUCAAUGGGUUUUACAAAGUUUGAUGGGAGGCUUCUACCUCGUGUUUCUGGAACAGAAAAAGACCUUAAAACUUUCAUGCAGAUUUUGUCAGAGACAGAAGAAAAAAUCAAAAAAUUGAAAACAGAAAAAGAAAAUUUAAAAGAUGAGUUGAACCUUUUUGAAAUUAAAAAACGUGAGCAAGAAAAAGAACUGAGACAAAAGAUCAGUCAUCUAGAAAACAAAUUAUUUGAUGCCAAUAUGCAGUGCGUCCAGGAACAGAUUAAAUUUACUGAACAUUUGGCGGACAAUCCUACUAUGAUUGUUGUAGAAAGCCGAGCUCCCAAACGAAUGAAUUUGGAUGAUUUGUACAGUAUAAAAGACAUCAGUAGCAUUCUGUCUAUGGAUCUAAGGACAGUAAACAAAGAAUUUUUACUGUUUUCAAAAUCAGUGAUGUCCAGUUUGAAAGAUUUUGUUUACCAGGUUCAAGAGGCAAUCAAAACCACUGAUGAAAAGAACAAAGAGCUUGUAAUGAAGUACACUAAAGAGAUCCAGCUGCGGAAAUCUUUCCAUAACCAGUUGGUGGAGUUGAGGGGUAACAUUAGAGUGUUCUGUCGUGUGCGGCCCUGCAUCAAAGAAGAUGGUGAGACUGAGACCAUGGUAACAACAGACCCGUACGAUGAUGGAGUUAUCACAAUAAACAAUAGAAGCAAAAGUGUACAUUUUCAAAUGGACAAAGUCUUUCACAUGGAUAUCUCACAAUCACAGGUUUUUGAAGAGGUCUCAUCUCUUGUGCGCUCAGCUAUUGACGGCUACAAUGUAUGUAUCUUUGCUUAUGGACAGACGGGAUCAGGGAAAACAUACACAAUGGAGGGUUCUUCAUCUGACCCAGGAGUGAAUCAAAGAGCUCUUCAAUUUUUGUAUGAGGAAACAAAAAACUCAAGCUGGCAAUAUAACAUUGAAGCCAGCAUGUUGGAGAUUUACAAUGAGACUAUAAGGGACUUGUUAAACCCUGACACACCAACUGAUAAACUUGAGGUCAAGAUGAAGCCCGAGGGAGGGCUGUAUGUACCUGGUCUAGUCACUGUACCUGUCAGAUCCCUUGCUGAGAUCAAUAAGAUAUUUGAGACAGGUAGACAGAACAGAUCCACGGCUGCCACCAGUAUGAAUGAAAGGUCUUCCCGGUCCCAUUGCUUGCUGUGUGUUAGUGUAGUUGGUGUCAAUCUUCUGACAGGAAGCAAGACUUUUGGGCGACUAAAUCUAGUAGACUUGGCAGGCUCUGAAAGGGUCAGCAAGUCACAUGCAGAUGGAGCAAGGCUUAAAGAAGCACAAAAUAUAAACAAGUCUCUCUCUUCUUUGGGUGAUGUCAUCAGUGCCCUAAAAAAUAAACAUAGUCAUAUCCCGUACAGGAACUCAAAACUAACAUACCUUCUACAGGAUUCCCUUGGUGGAGACAGCAAGACACUAAUGAUUCUCCAGGUCUCACCUGUUGAGAAAAAUAUAAAUGAGAGCAUUUGUACGUUGAACUUUGGCCAAAGGGUCAUGUCUGCUGAGCUUGGACAAGCCACACGAAAAGUUGAGGAAGGAAAGGUCCCAGUGUACAGUUUAGGACAAUGGAGGAAACCCAUGCUAAUGAACACACCAUCCAGCGCACGUAGAGCAAACAGUGACACACCUAAUGUGGUAAACUCGCCGAUACCUUUGACCCCCACCAACAAGACACCAAACAUCCCAAAAUGCUCGACAGUUCCUUCCAAACUUAAUCAAAGAUUUAAAUAACAUUUGUAGAUGAAUUUAUGUUUCACCUCUCUCUCAUUCACAGCAUAUGAACAUAAUCUUAUUCCCCUUUUUUGCUUAGUGUUGAUCAUUAUAUGUCAUAUAAAGAAAUAUGAUAAAGUCCAUGUACAUAAAACAUAACAUAAUGUGUUGUUUUUUUAAACGUCAAAACAAAUUUUUGCUUGCUUGUGCUUGAUUUGUUGCUAAAGUGUUUAAUGCAUACUGCUAUUUAUGUAUUUAUAAUUUUAUUCCUUUUUUCACAAUAGAUAAAUGAUUUAAAAAAUGUUAAACCUGUAUAAAAAGAGAGACCCUAAAAAAAUCACUUUUGAAACAUAAUUUUAAUUUUAAAAUGAGACAGAAAUUUGUCUAGAACAAUUAUUUAUUUGAUUUUUUUUUCAAUAAUAACUUGUAUAGAAUUACAGUGUAUUUUCUAGUUAUUGAUAUUUGUGCUAUGAAUAAAAAAAAUGUAUAAGCUGCAUCUGCAUACUAUUUAGUCUUUCUAAGAUGUUUUCAAAUGUAUUUUUUGUAGGUUACGGUUACAUGACACUGGACUUUUUUUGUAGGUUAUAUAAUAAAGUUAUUACAAUGAUC